CCCCGCGUGCCGCUUUAGGAGUGACACUCAUGGAAAACUGUGAUAGAGAAAAUAAAGAAUAGAGUUUUUUUGAGAAUAAAUUAAUAAAAUCGUGAAUGAGGCGCGGGAACGCUGGGACUCGGCUGCAGUGAGGAGCUCGCAGAAGGUGAUCCGUGUAAGGAUGUGUAGGUAGUGCUCUUGGAGACCCCAGGAGAGACGCCAUGUCAGAAGAGGCGAUCUCAGAGAGUGACCUGGAGCCCAGUCUCAACAGUGAACCAGAGGAGGAUGAGGAGGAGAUGGGAGAGGAAGGUGAUGGAGAAAAUGAUGCUGACGAUGACGACGAUGGAGAUGAUGAUGAUGAUGAUGAUGAUGAUGAUGAUGAUGACGACGACGACGACGAAGACGACAAUGAAGAAAACGAUGCAGCAGAUGAGUCAGAUGAAAUGGAUGUGGAGAAACAGGCGGACCGAACGAGCCCUGCCCUCUCUUCUUCUCAGUCCAGUGACUCCGCCCCUGCCACACCCACCCAACCAUCCUCCAAACCAUCAUCAAGACCAUCUUCCAGACCACCCUCCAGACCUUCCUCCAGGCCUUCCUCCAGGCCGGUGUCUCAGCCCUCAUCCAGGUCCAACUCCCGACCUUCCAGCCCUCAGGGUUCUCAAACUCAGUCUGCUGCUGGGCCCGAGAGCAACAACAUUACCACCAAGAAGAAGAGCAAGAACAAGAAUAAGAACAAGCACAAGAAGAAGAAAGAAGAAGAAAAGAAGAAGAAGAGCUCAAAGCCUUCCAAACCUGCUCACUUGAGGAGAAAUAUCAGGAAGCUGCUGAAGGAGCACCAGCUGGAGCCGGGGACUAAAGCUGCCCAGCAGGAAGAGCUAGAGAGGAGAAAACGACUCGAGCAGCAGCGUAAAGAUUACCCUUUACCUGCAGUGGACAUUCCUACUUUAGCAGCUGUUUGUAAGGGCGAGGUAAUCUGCCUGGACAGCAGUGGAGAUGAAGGAGAAUCCAGAGUAGCAGCUCCCCCUCCAAAACCUGCACCCAGAGAUGAUGUGAUCGAGCUGAGUUCUGGUGAUGAAGACGCACUGCCCAUCAGCAGUGAGGAUGAGGAUAAUGAGCGCUCGGGUACGCCUGGAACUGAGGAGAGCAGCGGCUCGCACAUAAACGACUCUCUGAAUCAGCCGGACGCUCAGGGAAGAGUACUGGUCAACAUCAACCACCCAGCUGAGGAGGAGGACCUGUUCCUCGCACCACAGCUCGCACGAGCCGUUAAACCACAUCAGAUUGGCGGAAUCCGUUUCCUGUAUGAUAAUCUGGUGGAGUCUCUGGAGCGCUAUAAGAGCAGCAGUGGGUUCGGCUGUAUUCUGGCCCACAGUAUGGGUCUGGGCAAAACCCUGCAGGUCAUCUCCUUCGUAGAUGUUCUACUGCGGCACACGGGAGCCAGAACUGUCCUCGCCAUUGUCCCUGUGAACACACUGCAGAACUGGUUAGCUGAGUUUAAUCUGUGGUUGCCUUCAGCUGAGUCUAUUCCUCCAGACACUGAUCCAGCCCACGUUUCCCCCCGAACCUUUAAAGUGCACAUCCUCAACGACGAGCACAAGACGACGGCGGCCCGAGCGAAAGUGGUGGAUGAGUGGACGAACGACGGCGGGGUUUUGUUAAUGGGAUACGAGAUGUACCGCCUGCUGUCCCUUAAAAAGAGCUUUGUAACCGGACGCAAGAGGAAAUCGAAAAAGCCUGCUGGACCGGUCAUCAUCGACCUGGACGAGGAGGAUAGACAGCAGGAGCUAAUGAAAGGGAUCGAGAAGGCUAUUUCCCGGCCCGGUCCGGAUGUGGUGAUUUGUGAUGAGGGUCACCGCAUUAAGAACUGCCACGCCAGCACCUCUCAGGCCCUGAAGAACAUUCGCUCACGGCGGCGCGUGGUGCUGACCGGUUACCCUCUCCAGAAUAACCUGAUUGAGUACUGGUGCAUGGUGGACUUUGUGAGGCCGGACUUUCUUGGUACCCGUCAGGAAUUUAGCAACAUGUUUGAACGGCCGAUCCUGAACGGUCAGUGUAUCGACAGCACGCCGCAGGACGUCCGACUCAUGAGGUACCGCAGCCAUGUCCUGCACAGCCUGCUGGAGGGCUUCGUACAGAGACGAGGUCAUGACGUGUUGCGGACGCAGCUGCCCACUAAAGAGGAGCAUGUAAUCCUGGUGCGGCUCUCUCCCCUGCAGAGGGCCCUCUACAAAGAGUUCAUGAACCGCUUCCGUGAGGCAGGAAACAGCGGCUGGCUGGGUCUAAACCCUCUGAAAGCCUUCUGUGUCUGCUGCAAGAUUUGGAACCAUCCAGAUGUCCUCUAUGAAACUCUUCAGAAGGAGAAUAUGGCCAACGAGCAGGACCUGGAUCUGGAUGACCUGAACUCCACCUCAGCUACCCGCUGCAGUGCCCCGGGCUUAAAAAACAAAAAUUCUGACCCUGCUAACAGUAAAGUGGGGCUAACUGGAAUGACCCUCCCUCCCCUACAGGAACGGGCCAACCAGGUCAUCACCUAUGAAUGGGCGAAGGACAUCAUGACCGGCUAUCAGACUGGUGUUCUGGAAAACUCUGCUAAGAUGGUUCUGCUUUUCCACCUGAUAGACGAGUGUGUCAGUAGAGGAGACAAAAUCUUGGUCUUCAGUCAAAGUCUGUCCACCUUAACGGUCAUUGAAGACUUUCUGUGUCUGAGGCCGAUGCCUAUCAAAAUAGGGGACCAGACUCAGACUCAGAACUGGGUCCGCAGUAUCAACUACUACAGGUUGGAUGGGAGCACCUCUGCCUCAGAGAGAGAGAAACUCAUUAAUCAGUUUAACGAUCCUGCAAACACCACAGCCUGGGUCUUCCUACUGUCCACCAGGGCGGGGUGUUUAGGAGUGAACCUGAUUGGAGCGAAUCGAGUGGUCGUGUUCGACGCUUCGUGGAACCCGUGUCACGAUGCGCAGGCGGUGUGCCGUGUGUACCGGUACGGCCAGCAUAAACCCUGCUACAUCUACAGACUGGUGUGUGACUUCACCCUCGAGAAGAAGAUCUACGACCGGCAGGUCUCCAAGCAGGGGAUGUCUGAUCGCGUGGUGGACGAUCUAAACCCUGUUCUGACCUUCACCCGGAAAGAGGUGGAAUCUCUGCUGCACUUUGUGGAGGAGGAGCCUGAUGACAGCCAAUCGGAACUGGUGCCUGAUGAGGAAGUAGAAGAGGUUAUCAGACAUGCCUGUCUGCAGUAUCCUGACCUUGUCACCAAGCAACCCUUCCAUCAUGAAUCGCUGCUGACGGACCGUAAGGACCUGAAACUGACGAAGGCGGAAAAGAAAGCUGCUAAGAAGAGUUAUGAGGAUGAGAAGAGGGCAUCGGUACCGUACCAGCGGCCAAGCUAUGCCCACUAUUACCCCGCCACUGACCAGAACCUGUCCAACAUACCAGCCUUCAGCCAGAGGAACUGGCGCCCAACGGUACGGUUGGAUGAGAAGCCCAUAGCGAGUGUGCGGCCAGUUCAGUCUACCCCUAUUCCCAUGAUGCCCCGCCAGGUGGGCAUAGGCCACGGCUCCGGCUCCACCUUUCCGGUCAACUACCUUCAGAAAGCUGGAGUCUACGUACAGCGCAUUAUCACCACCACUGAUAUUGUGAUCCCAGGCACAAACAGCUCUACAGACGUUCAGGCCAGAAUCGGCGCUGGGGAGAGUCUUCACGUCAUCAAAGGAUCCAAAGGUACGUACAUCAGGACCAAUGAUGGAAGGAUCUUCGCCAUCCGCUCCGGGAAGACGAGAGCCAGUGAUGGAGGAGCGUCUUCAGUUAGAGACACCAGUUCUGUGCUGCGUUCAGUCAGCAACGGUCGAGCGUCUCCAUCAGAGCCGAAGCGGUUGAGUCCAGACUCCGUCCGGAGAGUUUCACCCUCAAACAGUCCGGACCUGCUGAGGGAGCUGCGCCGCUACACCAACGAGGCUGACGGCCUGGGAAACAACAGCCUGUUGCCCCUGGAUGCGGCAGAACCUUCGGGCCUGGACCGCCCAUCUCACCAGAGCCGUUCUUUAGAGGGCCCAGCCAGGCAGCUGCAUGAUGAUGUCAUGAGCUCUGGCUCCACCCCCACCCUCGACAUCCAAACGUUGAAAAGGAAACUGAUGGCAGACAACAGGGGCUCCAAACGGACCUCUGCACCAAGCGGAGCUUCCGGCAGCUACCAAGGAUACUCUUUAGGCAGCGGCUUCAACAUGCCGUCUAUGAACCUUCACCCAGCCCUGUUCGGUGCUUUGAAUCACAUGACCCCUCCCAUUAUGGGCGGGGCCAGUCGCUCUCACUACUUUCCGCAGGCAGGGCAAACGCUGACUGAUUUGCAUACCAUGUUCCCAUCGGACACUUUAGGUUCCUCCCAUUCUUCCUCAGCCAACACAACCACCACAACUUCCUCCUCCUCCGCACCUUCAGCAUCGUCAUCCUCCUCUUCCUCACUCCCUCCUUUCCUCUACAACCCUAACAUGGCCAACAUAUUGUCCGGUAUUUCUGGUAUGUCGUACAGUCAGUCUCUCCUCCCGAACUCUAGAAUAGACUCAAGAAUAUUCCCCAACUCCUCGAUGCACCCAGGGGGCGCUCUCUCUUCUGCCUCUACCGGCUCCGCCUCCACCGCUGCUGCCACGCCCAGCUUCCUCUCCACCUCCAGCCUGCUGGGGGCGGCUUUAACGCGGCCGGACACUCACCCAAGCCUGGCGGAAAAUGGGGGGAGCAGUUCAGACGAUGAUGUCAUUGAGGUGACUGGACAGUGAUGUGAUUCGCAGCGCUGCAUUGUGAUUGGCUGCUUAAUUUCAGCAACCGUCUUUUGGUACUGUGUGGAUCUGAAUGCAAAAGGCACAGAAAGGGACCAGAACACGAGCUUCCAUGACUGGCUAAAAUCCGGAAGCCAAUCCUCCCGCUGACCAGAACUCGAUGUGGUUGUCUUUAGGUUGCAUCUGUAAAAGGUAAAUUUAGAUAUAUUUAGCUGUUUGAUAGAUCUUGUAGCAUCAAAUGGAAUGCGGAAAACAUUGUGAAAAACUUUUUUCCCCCCUUUUUUUUAUGGAUCCUGUAAGUACUACCUUUUUGUAAAGGGUGGAGUUUUGACCAUUUUAAAAUUAAGAACAGGGCAAGGAUUAUGGAGAGGUGGGUGGGUAGGAGACUAUAGGUAUUCACAAGGUAUUCACAAGCCAUUAUUUUGUUUUGUAUUAUGUUCAAUCUUUAAAUAGAAGAACAAAUAAUGAAAAAAAUCAACUCAAAGAAUGUAAUUUCAUGUUAGCCUUCAGAGCCUUGUGGUGGAGGGUGAUUAUAGCUGGGGUUUAGUCUUAUUGUCCGUAGCCUUAUAUCGCUUGUGGAUCUGGUUCGUAUGUUAUUUACUCCUGUAGCAGAUUUAAUUUUUUUGGUUGGGUUUCUUUUUUUGGUCCCUGCUAAAUUAAUUAUGAGAAAAAAAUUGUGUAGACUGUUACCCUACCCCCCCCCCCCCCCAAACCCUAAACCCACCCUCAUUAUCACCCUCACCCCCCUUUUUUGGACUUGUUUGGGUUGAAAAAUACUUGGUUCCUGUAUGACGUGUGUGUAGUUCAUAGCCUGUUCCAUCCAUCUAUGUUUGGACUACAAUUAUGACCAAAGUGUGACUUCUACAUCGAUGUGGAAUGUUCCAAGUAUUCGUGUUCUAACUAACCCUCCUGUCCUGUGCUGUUCGACUGACAGACCUUUUUGCCAGUCACUGUUCAUUCUAGGUGCCUAUUGGUGCACACCCCUCAAGCCCCUCCUACCACUGCUGUCUUAUUGGCUGAUGCCCAUGUCGAUUUGUUUUAUUAUUGGGCGACAUCUGUACGUUAUUUGUUACAUAAACUUUUUUUUUUUUUUAGUAUAGCAUAAAUUUUUGUAUCUUUUUUUUUUUGUAACAUCUUAUCAAUGGAAGCAUAACUGUUUUUUUCCCUUGAUGUAUUGUCUUACCAGAAUUAUUUAUUUAUAAUGGUUGAUUAAUUUGCAAUUUUUUUAUUUUUGUACAUCUGCAUUUCUUUCUUUCUCUUUUUUCUUUCUUUUUUUAUUAAAACAGGAAAACAAACAAAAAACCUGUUCUCCUUUCCACCAGAGAGGUCAACACAGGUUUGAGGUUUUUGUGUUUUGUUUUUCUCAAAAAGUUUAAGACCAGUAUCUGUGACAGAUCCACUGGAGAGAACACACACAAACACUCUCUUGUACAGGUAGAAAUUGAGACUCAUCAGCUCUUGUAUUUAGCACACAGAGGAGGCGUUCAAAAUGACAUUGUAUUUAUUUAAUGUUGUUUUAACAGAAAAUAAAUUGAACUUUUCUUGCUGUAA